UAUUUUGUUAUAUUAUAUAUUCAAGUAGGAAAAAAGCUGCAAGCAGUGUGUAAAUUGUAGCAGAGAUAGAGAUGUUGGAGUGCAAAUAAAAAAAGAAAAUAGAAGAAAAUUAUGACUCUGCAUGAAAAUGGCUGGAAAGCAGAUAACUAUUAAAAACUUCUUCAGCAAGAAAUCAACAUGCUCUUUAAACCAAGGAGAUCUGGACCACACUGGUAUUAAACCUAGGUUAAGAGAAUUAGCUUCAAACAAUAAAAAAGUUGAAAAUAAACGGAAGAAGUCAGAAGUCACGAAAAGUAAAACGUUAACACACAAGGAGUUUAUACUACCCACACCAGAAAGAGAAAAUGUGGCACCUGUCAUAGUAACUAAUAGGAUAAGUGAUUUACCUGCAAACAAUAAAAAAGUUGAAAAUAAACAGGAAAAGUCAAGAGAAGUGACCAAAAGUAAGACGAUAACACUUGACAAAGAUUUUGUACCACCGACACCGGAAAGAAAAAAUGUCAUACCCGUCAUUGUAAUUGAUGGUCAUGCCACGAUGCAUUCUAAGUCAACUAAAAAAAGACUUAAUUUGAUAAAUUCUACAUCGAAAAAAUUACAAAAGUUAAAGAAUGUCAAUAAUAUUGAAAAUGGAAUAAAGAUUUCCCAGCCACAAAACAAAUUAAAGACUACGGAAUACCUUGAAGUUAAAGACACAAUAUCGGUUGAAAAAACUGAAGAAAAAAAAUCAACAAAAAGAUUAAGUUUGAGUAAGCCAUUAAAAAGAAAAUGCAGUUUUUCUGGUAAAGAUGAUCAGAAAAAAUUGACACUUGGGCAGAAUGCAGUAAAAGUGGAUCAGAUAAAUGGAGAUAAUGAGAUGUUGUCAGGUUACAUUGGAAGUACAAAUACAAGCAUUUUAAAAUCAUCCCCUUUUUGGAACAAAAGCCAUGAAGACAUCAAAUUAACAAAUAUCAAAAGCAAACAGAGACCUGUCAACUUGGACGAUAGUUUUAUGGAUCUUCUUGAGGAUAUAGAUGAUAUUAGCAUCAAAAAAGAUGUGCCUGAGACGAUUAAUAUUACAGGAGAUAGUGAUGUUCUUUGUGAGGAUUCACUACUUGGUAUCGAUUUUGAUAAUUGCGAAGACAUCAAUUUGGAUAGUGAAGUGAAAGAUCCCAGUGUUCUAUUGUUGUGGAAAAUUCAACAAGUGAGGAUUUCAACAUAUGAACAAAGUAAUGGUUUCAAGAUAACAGAGAAAAUUCUUCAUCUUGUUGAUACCAAGGUUGAACUUGAAGCAACAUGCCACUUAAGAGAUGAUUGGUCUCGUAUGGAAGUUGAGGCUGAAGAUCUUGCAUAUGUUUCUGCGUUAUGUAAAAAUAAAUUGCAUUGUAUAUUGGACAACAAAUCUGAGCAUCAUAUCACUCUGUAUCCAAACACUCUUAUUUCUGGAACCACGAUUGCUGCUGGAAUUUCCUGUGAACGACAAGCAAUAUUUAACGAGCGGUUUAAGACGGAAAAACAAAACGAAGCAAUGUUGCUUGGUACCAUUACACAUGAUUUGUUUGAAUGGGCUUUGAAAACAGGACGUUUCUCUGCUGAUAAACUUGAAAGAAAGGUCAGAGAAAAUUUAAAAACUAUAAAAUAUCUUGAGUCACUGUAUGCUAUUGGGAUAGAUGAAACUGAAAUAUUAAACAAAAUACGUCAAUAUUAUGUUCCUAUGGAAACAUGGUGGAAAGAUUUCUUAAGUAAUUCAUCUGGAAAAGUUAUGGAAUUUAAGACUGGAGAGCAAAGUAAGAAAGAUGAUGACAGUAUCACAUCUCUGCAUAUUGAUAAGAUUGUUGACAUUGAAGAAAAUGUUUGGUCUCCAACUUAUGGCUUAAAAGGGAAAAUCGACUUAAGUGUGAACGUUACCGUACAUCGUAAACCUCGGCUGAAUGGUAUAAAAACAAAGAAUAACUACACCCUUCCUUUGGAACUGAAAACUGGAAAAAUGUUUUCUAAACUAGGUUCCAUUGAGCACAGAGCACAAGUAGCUGUUUACACGCUACUGAUGAGUGACAGAUAUAAACAAAAUAUUGAUGCUGGCUUGUUGUGUUAUAUAAAGUCAAAUCAUAUGCAAGGUGUUCCUCGACCCGAACAAGAGAAAAGAGCAAUUCUUAUCAAAAGAAAUGAAAUCGCCAGAAAGUUGACAUUAGAAAAGAAUGAUUUUGCUCUUCCAGGGUUAGUACGCAACGAAAGGCAAUGUAGUAGAUGUUACCAAAGACACAACUGUAUGUUGUAUUUUAAAGCGAUGGAAAACGGUGAAGCAUGGAGUAGUGGCGUGGAUGAGUUAUUCACAAGCCUCACAACUCACUUAACUGAUGAAGAUUGCAAGUUCUUUUCAAAGUGGUACAAACUGAGCAUGUUAGAAGCGUCAUAUAAUGCUGCUCAUUCGAAAUCUCGUUAUUUGUGGAGAGAAUCAUCAGAAGAGAGAGAAAAACAAGGCUACUGUUUCAGUGGCAUGCGAAUGAUACGAGAAGAUGAAACGUCAGAUGAAAAGAUACAUUACGUUUUUCAAAGAAAGGAUAAUCAUUUUAAUUUUGGCACAUCCUUAAAAUCAACCCCAUUGGUCGUUGGUACACGUGUUAUUAUCAGUGAAGAGAAGUGUGGUGUAUUUAACAUCACCACAGGAUACAUUAUUGACAUCAGAGAAAUUGACAUCACAAUAUCUGCCAGCCAAAAGAUCACACAGCAUCUACAAGAAACAGUAUAUCGUAUUGAUAAAGACGAAACAUUGUCAAGUUAUACUACCCCUUUAUCUAAUUUAACUAAACUACUGUCACUCGAAUCACCGAGAGACGAAAAACUGAGAAAGUUGGUGAUCAGAGCGGAAGCUCCCUCCUUCUCUGUUGAAACUAGUGAUGUACAUGAUAGGUCUUAUGACGAGUGGAAGAUAAAACACGAUGAAAAUCUUGAUGCUAUAUACUCACAGUUGAAUGCAGUUCAAAAGCAAGCUGUGAAAAAAUGUCUGAUCGCAGACGAUUAUGUUAUGAUCUUAGGUAUGCCUGGUGCAGGGAAGUCGACCACCAUAGCUUGUUUAGUGAGAGCGUUAGUAGCAAUGGGUAAAUCAGUGUUAUUGACGAGUUACACACAUUCAGCUGUGGAUACUAUCCUCCUGAAACUUCUUAAUUUUGGAUUCGAUAGAUUUCUUCGCGUUGGACAAACAACGCAACUACAUCAAAAGAUUCGUCCUUAUUCCAUCUAUGAAGGCACGAAGGGCUUCACCUCUACUCACCAACUUCGCGAAUUUUACAACAGCAAGAACGUGGUGGCAACGACUUGUCUUGGUAUCAAUCAUCCUAUCUUUAUGCACAAAACGUUCGAUUAUUGCAUAGUUGAUGAAGCAUCUCAAAUAACACAGCCUGUGUGUCUGGGGCCUAUUAGAUAUGCUAAUGUGUUUGUAUUAGUUGGAGAUCAUAAUCAGCUGCCUCCGCUUGUACAAAGUGCUGAAGCAAGAAAAAAUGGGUUGGAUGUUAGUUUAUUUCUUGCCUUGAGUGAACUUCAUCCUGAAGCUGUAGUUACAUUAGACCAUCAAUACCGUAUGAAUAAAGAUAUCAUGGUGUUAACGAACGAGCUUGUAUAUAGUCGGCGAAUGAGGUGUGGGAACGAAGUAGUCGCUGACGCUCGUCUUAAUUUACCGUUUUAUCAAAGUUUAUGUGAAACUGAAAAACAUCCUGCUAGCAUUGAGUUUUUAAGCAUCAUAAAUCCUGCUCAACCGGUUGUGUUUGUCAACACGGAAGAAGCAAACUUAACAGAGUUCAAAUCCGCAGCAUACAUAGUAAACAAAGGUGAGGCUGUGUUUGUAAAACGCAUAGUUGAACUUUUACUUCGUUGUGGUUUACACCAUCGUGAUCUGGGCGUGGUCUCACCCUAUCGACAUCAGUUAAAAGUUAUUCGUGAAGAAAUAUCCUCGGUCAGUUCAGUCUCGGAGGGAUUUAUUGAGGUUGACACGAUCGAUAAGUAUCAGGGAAAAGACAAGUCAUGUAUAAUCGUGUCAUUGGUCCGUUCUAACAACCAAUCAGAAGUGGGAGAUUUAUUAAAAGACUGGAGACGAAUAAACGUUGCUAUUACAAGAGCUAAAACGAAGCUGAUUUUGAUUGGUUGUAGAAAGACGAUAAUAGCCAUAAGCAUGAUUCGAACCUCAGUCGCCGGAAGUACAAACGUAGUCCUUACACUACGUGUGGUAGUAUCAUAACGAAGCGGAUAGCAGACUUGACAAGCUGUUUUUUCAAGCCAGGUCAGAAGCAGAAAAAAAAUAUGAUAUGAAUUAACUUAUUUACACUUUUUAUAAUUUUAUUUACUAACAUAAGUUGAGAGGGUCAAUUAAAAGUAUAUUCGCUGGUUAUAAAUUUUAAGGUUCCGUUUUUGACAUUAUAUACUUAUAUACAUUAAAACUACAAAAAAUCACGUUGAAAUUUUAUUUACACUAGAUAUAUUUAAAGAGAAAUUUCAUAUAUUUAUUUGUGUAUUAAAAAAGGUUUAUCAACUCUUUUCUUCUUUUUAUAAACACAUACAAAUAUUGAGUUUGUGCGUUAA